UUAUCAAAAGUUAGUUCAAUUUAUUACAUGGGUUUGCUCUGGCACAGUCGAAUAUUUUUUUGAAUAAAAUGAUUAAAUCCUAAAAAUCAUGAGUGUUGGUAUGGAUUUUUAGAAAGGGAUUACCUGAAAAUUUUUUUUUCGGGCAUGAAGAGACAUCAAUAUAACAAUAAUUUACAAUAAUUAACAAUAAUUUUGAAGAUAGAAGGAAUUUUGACCUCAACUGCGCCUGCGAUGUCAGUAUAUGCGAGUGACGUGAGUUGAUUCAAGCAGCUCAUAACCUCAAUUAUUGAAACAGCGACUGCUUUUGAAGAUUGUUUAUCGUUCCAUUACUAAAUUAAUUCGAAUUUACUGACAAUGGCAGCAACUAUUCCUGGAGUGCCUGUCGACGUAGAGGCCGAACAAAUCAAAUCAUUUAAAGAUUUUUUGACUUCCUACAACAAACUGUCCGAAAUUUGUUUCAUCGACUGCAUAUCCGAUUUUACAACGAGGGAUAUUCGAGAGAAAGAGGAGAAGUGUGCUCUCAACUGUAUGGAGAAGUUCCUGAAGAUGAAUCAAAGGGUUUCCCAACGGUUUCAGGAAUACCAGAUGCUCAUGAAUGAAAACGCAAUGGCCAACGCCAAGAAAAUGGGUCAAAUGUAACAAUAAUUAUAGCUAGAUCAUUGUUUAUAAUUGCGGAGGCUUGAAAUGAUUAAAUAAAAUGUUCGUUGUAUUUUUAUAUAA